UGGCUCAGAGGUGAGGCCCUUUAACUUCUGUGGAAAUGGAACUAUUUGUUGUUGUUUUCACAGAGCUGUGAAUUGUUUUAGGUGAAGCAUGAAAAGCCUUACAUUGUUGCUCAUCAUUGCCAUUUUGUUUUUAAAUCAAAUACUUGUCAGUCCAGCUGUGUUUAAGCACACCAACUGUUAAGUGUGAUGCCAAAUUCUUUUGGUUUUGUUAAACAAGUCUAGCUUAACUGGCUCCAUACUAUGGAUCUUUAAAACUUUGGUGAGGAAAGGAGACAAAAGCAACGGUCCAACCAUGAUGUGGAGGAGCCCUCUGGCCCUGGUGAGGGAUGCUCUGCAUAGUCAGAGGGCACGGGAGAGGGAACUUCGCAGCUUGCAGUCCAAUCUGCCGUACGAGGGGAUGGAAAAAGCAAAGCAACCCAAUCGCUUCUUCCCAUCAAAUGCCAUCGAAACCACUAAAUAUUCGCUGCUGUUAUUCCUUCCCAUGAACCUUUAUGAGCAGUUUCACCGCAUGGCGAAUCUCUACUUUGUGGGCUUGGCCAUCCUGAACUUUAUUCCAGUGGUGAACGCGUUCCAGCCCGAGGUGGGCCUGAUCCCCAUCUGUAUCAUCAUGUCUCUGACAGCACUGAAGGACGCCUGGGAAGACUUUAGGAGGUACCAGUCUGACAGGAAGGUCAACAACAUGCCAUGUUUCAUCUACAGCAGGAGGGAGAAGCAGUAUGUGGAGCGACAUUGGAAGGAUGUACGAGUGGGAGAUUUUGUCAAAGUAGUUUGCAACGAGAUCGUCCCAGCAGACCUGCUCCUCCUUUAUUCAUCCGACCCUAACGGCGUUUGCCACCUGGAGACGGCCAACCUGGAUGGGGAAACCAACCUGAAGCAGAGGACAGUUGUUUCUGGACUCUGUACAUCGCAUCCUGAAUUUGAGCCUGAGAACUUCAAUGCCGUUGUGGUGUGUGAAAGGCCCAAUGACAAUCUGAAUCACUUUAAAUGUUUCUUAGAGAAAUCUGAUAAAGACAAGGUGGGCGCCAGUAUUGAGAGUUUGCUGCUGCGAGGCUGCACAGUGAGAAACACAAAUCAUGCUGUUGGCUUUGUGGUGUAUGCAGGCCAUGAAACCAAGUCCAUGCUCAACAACAAUGGGUCGAGAUGCAAGCGAAGCAAACUGGAGCGGAAGCUAAAUGUAGAUGUCUUCUUCUGCCUCAUUCUUCUCUUCACCAUGUGCCUUAUUGGAGCAAUUGGUCACUACUUAUGGUUGGAGUCACUGCCUGGCGUGCCCCCUUUCUUGGUCCCUGGCAGCAACGGUCACCUGGAUGAUCCUAGUCUCAUGAGUUUCUACAUGUUUUUCACUAUGAUCAUCCUUCUUCAGAUCCUAAUUCCAAUCUCUCUCUACGUGUCUAUUGAGUUGGUAAAAGUCGGUCAGAUUUUCUUCAUCACUAAUGACAUUGACCUGUACGAUGAGGAGACAGACAGCCGCAUACAGUGUAGGGCUCUGAACAUCACGGAAGACCUAGGCCAGAUUGAAUACAUCUUCUCAGACAAGACGGGCACCCUCACUGAGAACAAGAUGGUGUUUCGCAGAUGCUCUAUCAUGGGUACUGAGUAUUCACACAAAGAAAAUGCCGUCCGCCUUGCUUUCCUCAAUGAGCCUGAGGCUGAGGAGGAGGUUAUCUUCAACCAGCAUCAACAACUCCCACGAACCAGGUGGUCCUUGGAAGAUGAGGGCAUCGGCCCUGCAGACACACAUUGGCAUGACAGCAGGCGCAAGAGCAAGGUGGCGUCAAAUGGACAGAGUGAUGUGGCCUUCAGCAGUCCACUGGAAACCGAGGUAAUUCCAGACCAGAAGCUGCUUCAGCAGAUUAGCAGGGCAGAGAGCAGCGGUGGCUGCAGAGACAGCAGCAGAAAGAUUGAUGCUCACCUGGACUUCUUUCUGGCUCUCGCCAUUUGCAACACAGUGGUUGUUUCAAUGGCAAAUGCUCACAGACAGAGGGCAUGCACGUCUCCAAGCUCCAGCCAGACGAACAACCCUUUGGAAGCCUUUUCUAGUAUGCUGAAAAAAGCUGGGGCUUUAUUCCAACGCAAGUCCAAGAGGAACUACAGUCUCUCAGAAGAUCCAGUUAUAGACUCUACAAAAACGGAGAGCAGUAGGGACCCAAACAGACUCCAAACAUGUUCUCUCCAUGCUCUGUCUCAAAAUGACCUCCUUACAGCAGAGUCAGAGGACCUGUGCUAUGAGGCAGAGAGCCCUGAUGAGGCAGCCUUGGUGUACGCAGCCAGAGCAUAUGGCUUCAUCCUGCUGGCACGGACUCCUAACAGUGUGACUGUGAGGCUCCCGUCUGGGGAGGAGCUCGUGUUUGAGGUGCUGGACACCUUGACCUUUGACUCCAACAGGAAGAGGAUGUCCGUUUUGGUGAGACACCCAGUCACCAAAGAGUAUGUGCUGUACACUAAAGGUGCAGACUAUGCCAUCAUGGAGCUACUUGGAACACCUUACGCAGAAAACAUCAGUGGCAUAGAGAAAAAUAUAGCAGCUUAUACUCAACACCACCUUGACUGCUAUGCAAAGGAGGGCCUUCGCACACUCUGCAUUACAAAAAAAGUUGUGAGUGAGAGCACGUAUCAAAGCUGGUUAGGUAAAAGAAAAAGGGCACAGGCUGCUAUAGAGUGCAGAGACGAGCUCAUCAUGGAAACUGCUGUACAGCUGGAGACAAAGCUCACCCUGUUAGGGGCGACUGGCAUUGAGGACCGUCUGCAGGAAAACGUCCCAGACACCAUUGUGGCGCUGCGGGAGGCAGGGAUCCAUGUGUGGGUGCUGACAGGUGACAAGCCAGAAACGGCUGUCAACAUCGGCUAUGCCUGCAGGCUACUGGAGGAGGAAGACCUGGUGAUUAACAUGAGCUCCCAAAACAAGGUCAGGAGGCUGCAGCUCACGUGCACGUCCAUCCUGGACUGCACUCUGGAGGAGGUCAGGAGGUAUGGAGAGGACCCUCGUAACGUGGGCACCACCCUGAACAUUUCUCUGGUGAUUGAUGGAAACACUCUAGCCUUGGCUAUGUCACCUGACCUGCAGGAGCGGUUCGUGGACCUGGCGAAACGGUGCCGCUCGGUUCUCUGCUGCAGAGUUACGCCCCUGCAGAAGAGCAGAGUGGUGAAACUGGUCAGGGAAAAACUCAAAGUCAUGACACUAGCUGUUGGCGAUGGUGCAAAUGAUGUCAAUAUGAUCCAAGCAGCUGACAUCGGCAUUGGGAUAUCCGGUCAGGAGGGCAUGCAGGCGGUUAUGGCGAGCGACUUUGCCAUAUCACGCUUUAAGCACCUGAAAAGGCUUCUCCUUGUCCAUGGACACUGGUGCUACACUCGACUGGCCAACAUGGUCAUUUAUUUCUUCUAUAAGAACGUGGCCUAUGUGAACUUGCUGUUCUGGUAUCAGUUCUUCUGUGGAUUUAGUGCCAUGACAAUGAUUGACUACUGGCUGAUGAUCUUCUUUAACCUGUUCUUCACCUCUACCCCACCCAUCCUGUUUGGCAUCUUUGACAAAGAUGUUUCAGCAGAGGUGCUACAGGGAGUUCCUGAACUGUACAGGACUGGUCAGGGAAAAGGGGAAUACAAUUUUCUAACCUUCUGGAUUUCCAUAUUGGAUGCCUUCUAUCAAAGUCUGGUCUGCUUCUUUAUUCCAUAUUUGGCUUACCAGGAUUCGGAUGUUGAUAUUUUCACCUUUGGAACGCCACUCAACACAGUUGCUUUAUUUACCAUCCUCCUUCAUCUUGCAAUAGAAAUCAAAUCCUGGACGGUGGUCCAUUGGAUUAUCAUGCUGGGCAGUGUGGCGCUGUACUUCAUUGUGACCCUGGCUUACAGUGCAGUCUGUGUUACCUGUAAUCCCCCAUCCAAUCCUUACUGGGUCCUCCAGAGCCAGAUGGCCGACCCCAUGUUCUUCCUGAUCUGCACCCUCUCCACUGUGGUGGCUCUGCUGCCCAGGUACACGUUUCAUGUGCUGAAGAACUCUGUUGCCCCCUCCCCGCUUCUGCAAGGCAGACAGCUGGACCGGAUGGAGCCUUCUACGAGAGACCAGUGGAUCAAGGAGUGGAGGGGCUUCAGGGGAGGGCCGUUGGUCAAACGCUAUGAGCUGUCUGACCCACCCUCUCCCACCCGGGCGACCCCUGUGGACUUCUUUACCGAGUCUCUCACUGACGCUGAUUUCAUGGGGGAUGAUAACAGUCUGAACGUCAUCACAGACAACCAUCAUAGGGCUGUGCAAUAUGAUGAUAAUUUAUUCAGGAAACUGUAAAUAUCUUAACUGGCUCAUGUGUGACUUUCUGACUGGAGUCAAUUUUGCAAUAAACUGAGUAAUUAAAGCA